AUGAAAGACACCUCCUCUAAAGAAAGGAAAAAAGAGUCUCUAGAACUUUACUUAGAAAUCAAAAAACAGAGGGAGAACAUUGUAUCUCCUGUGGAUACCAUGGGGUGCUUUGUUACCCCGUCAUAUAAGACGGAAGAAGAAAGGAGAUUUCAUAUCCUGGUUUCUCUUCUUCUUUCUUCGCAGACAAAAGACGAGAUAACAUAUGAGGCCAUGGAGAGGCUGAGGACUCUUCUUCCAGAAGGUGGUGCUGCAGAUGGCAGAGACUGUGGCCUGACCAUGGAGAAUGUAACGAGUUCGAGUGUUGGAUACAUCGACUCCUGCAUCAAGAGAGUUGGGUUCCAUACCAAAAAGGCCGAAAACUUGAAGAGGAUUACAGAAAUUCUCAGAGAAAAGGGACUUCCAGAAGAAAUGAAGGAUCUUGUGUCUCUUCCUGGAAUUGGAAACAAGAUGGCCAUUCUGUACAUGAACCAUGCAUGCGGCAGUGUGGUUGGAAUAAGUGUGGAUACACAUGUACACAGAAUCUCCAAUAGAAUAGGGCUGGUCAAGACUAAGGAUGCCGAAAGCACUCGAAGGGAGCUGGAGAAGAUCGUUCCAAAGAGAGAGUGGGAGACAAUUAAUAGAGUUCUGGUAGGAUACGGCCAAACAGUCUGUGUUGCAAGAAGGCCAAAAUGUGAAGAGUGUUGUAUCAGAAGCAAAUGUCCUAGUAGCUUUUUUUGA